CCCAUUAAAAUCACUGGUUGUGAAAUCUCAAGCUUUGUUUUUCUUCUCCGCCCAAAUUCAUCCCCAAUUCAUCUCCUUCACUCUGCCGAGUUGCAGUCAGUCUCUAGAAUGGCAACCUAUCUGCCGUCUCCUCUCGCUGCUUUGAAUCCAGAAGUCUCUUCUAUUGGAGUCCCAAAAUCAUCCUUCCUCUCCGGCACCAAUCUCUUCUUCGCGCCUUCUUCAGUCUCUGUAACCAGAAGACUUCCAGCUCAAAAAUGUUACCAGUCUCCCUGCGCCAAGAAAUCGUUCGACCAUAUUCCGAAGCAGUUCAGACAAGAAAAUCUUAAAGAUGGAUUGAUGAACAAUUUCAAAAAUGUACCUCAGUAUCUUUAUGGUCUUUCUCCUUCACAAAUGGACAUGUUCAUGACUGAAGAUAAUCCUGUCCGCCGGCAGUCAGAACGAGUAACAGAGGAAAGCAUCUCAUCUGCUAGAAACUAUCUAGAUAAUGGAGGGAUGUGGAGUCUAUCGGGAAUGGAUGACAGGGGUCCUUCAAAGUAUAGUAUGAGUGUAAGUAUGUACCGUGGUGGAGCCAGAGGAAAUGGAAGACCUAGAACUGCUCCUCCAGAUCUGCCAUCGUUGCUGUUAGAUGCUCGGAUAUGCUACCUUGGCAUGCCAAUUGUACCAGCAGUUACUGAACUUAUUGUUGCUCAGUUUAUGUGGUUGGAUUUUGAUAACCCUUCAAAGCCAAUAUAUUUAUACAUAAAUUCUUCAGGGACACAGAAUGAGAAGAUGGAGACUGUUGGAUCAGAGACUGAGGCCUAUGCCAUUGCUGACACCAUGGCUUACUGCAAAUCAGAUAUUUACACUGUGAACUGUGGCAUGGCAUAUGGUCAAGCAGCAAUGCUACUAUCUCUUGGAACCAAGGGCUAUCGAGCUCUACAACCACAUUCAUCUACAAAAUUGUACCUGCCUAAAGUAAAUAGAUCCAGUGGUGCUGUCAUAGAUAUGUGGAUAAAGGCAAAGGAACUGGAUGCAAAUACUGAAUAUUACAUUGAGUUACUGGCAAAAGGAACUGGGAAAUCGAAGGAAGAAAUUGCAAAAGAUGUCCAACGACCUAAAUAUCUUCAAGCACAAGAAGCAAUAGACUAUGGAGUUGCAGACAAGAUUAUUGACUCGAGAGAUAAUGCUUUUGAGAAAAGGGAUUAUGAUGGGAUGCUUGCUCAAUCAAAAGCCAUGCGAAGAGCAGCUGGAGCUGGUCCACAAGCAGCUCCUUCAGGGUUUAGGUAAUUCUUAAGCAGCAUUGUCUGAGGAAAUUACAAAGGAAAAGCUUUUCCUAAAUAUUUAAUGCCACGGAGGACUUGAUUAGUGACAGUUUGGACAAAUGAGAGUGCACCGUUCUGUAAGCAGGUAGUUCUUUCACGUAAGUUCAUACUCGGAAAUCCGGUAUAAGUGAAUUUAUUGUGAUAAAAGUGCCAUGUUAAAUAUCAUGUAAGAAAGAGAGAAUGAAGAUGGUGCUUUGCUUUGCUCCUGUAAAGUUUGCUCUCAACUUUUAGUUGCUUCUGCUGUUAUCAUCUGUAAGGAGCAUGCCCUGGAAGAUCGAACCAGGAACAUGUCACUAGUGCCGUACUUUAGAAAAUUGAAUGAUAUUUGAGCAUAUCAGCCCUUAGCUUCAAGAAAGUUUAGAACUUUAAUAUAUUGCGUCUAUUGUCCUCAA